AUGUCAACAGAAUCAAAUGAGCGUCAAACAAUUGACCUUCCUGCAACUAAGGAUCAACCGGCAACAGAGCCACAUUAUCUCCUCGAUGAUCGUAGUGCAGCUGCUCUGAAAGACCUACAGGAGGGUGACCUGCUGCAAAUGGUCGUUGAUCAUGACGAAGGCGUGAUUGAAUUCGCCGAUUUAAACAGAAAAGUAGCACCUGACUCUCUUGCCAAGUACUUUGAGGCACCGACAACAAAACAAUUUGCCUUCUAUCGUCACCCUGAGUCUAAUGCCGUCGUCUUGAUUUGGACACGUUUCCCAGCAGCGACAUCUGUCAAGACCACCCGUGUUCAAGUUCGUUUGAGGAGGGAGUUGACUUGGUAUGCUGAAAGAGAGGGGAUUGAAACUGUUAUUGCGCAUCAAGUUUAUUCUCAAAAGGACAUCACUAGUGAGAGCUUGCAGGAAGCAAUCGCUGCGUCACAGGAAUCCAGAGAGCUUUAG